AUGAUACCAAAUCAUGUACUAAUACUAGGAGCUCCGAAUACGGGGAAACUAAGAAUAUGUGAACUUAUAUCGACUCAAAAUUUGGAUUUCAGUUCAAUUGAUUCCAAAUCUCAUAGUGGGCUUAUAUUUAAAACAGACUUAUCUACCAAGUAUUAUUCACUGAAGUUAAAUUUGCUUGUUGAUGAAUAUCCACAGCAGCGUUGUAAUUCGGAUUGUGGUUUGAAAGAAGAGGAAGAGAAGAUCAAUGCAUUGAAGUUUUGGCUUAAUGAGUUUUUAUCUGAUGAUUUUCAGGAAUUGAGAGAAGCAAUAGAUGGUUUGAUAUUCUGUUUUCGUAUUGAUCAAGAUUCUUUGAAAUACAUAGAAGAAUGCUUAAAUGUAUUUUCUGAUGUUCGAGAUAAAUUGAACGAAGAAAGAGGUGACGGAUUAUUUAGUGUGGUGGUAGGGGAUUCAAAUACAAGGAAAAUAAACGAAGAUGUAGAAGAUUUAGUAAUUCCUUUUGGAUUUGAGUAUGUAAACUUAUUUGAAAAAGGGGAAGAUGAAUUUAGAGAUAAGAUCGGACAGGAUAGAUUGCUUGAAAUAAUUGAAACCCAUGAAUGGAGUCAGAUGGACUUAAAACAGGGUAGAGACCAAGAUGCUUAUGAUGAAACGAAGCGGAAUAAAAUGAGCGAUAUGACCAAAGGGUUAUUAGAUGGACAAGAUGAACAAGAAGGAGAUGAUGGAGAUGAAACACAAUCUAAACUAAUAGACCUAGAUGAUGUGUUAACGAAAGUACAACAAGCGAAACAAAAUGUUAAUAAUAAUGAUAUGGAUGAUGCUCAAAAAGAAGCUUACGUAAAUAAGGUGGUCAAAGAUAUUAUUGACUUCAUAUAG